GAGUAGAAAGCAGAUAGCAGCCAAAGGCGAGAGAGAGAGAGAGAGAGAGAGAGAGAGAGAGAGAGAGAUGGAAAGGAACUGCUUCUCCCGGCGACCGGCGGUGUCAGAGGAGCGUAGAGGAUCGGCGGCGCGGGGUAAGGACCGAGCUUUCAGAGGAGUAAGGAUGAGAAAGUGGGGAAAGUGGGUGGCCGAGAUAAGAGAACCCAACAAACGUUCAAGGAUAUGGCUAGGCUCCUACUCCUCUCCGGUCGCCGCUGCCAGGGCUUACGAUACCGCUGUCUACCUCCUUAGAGGCCGCUCCGCACUCCUCAACUUUCCCGACGAACUCGCCGCCGACGAGUCCGGUGAAGCCAAUACCGCUCUCUCAGCUGCUUCAAUCAGAAAGAAAGCCGCCGAGGUUGGGGCUCGCGUCGAUGCCCUCCAGCAGCAGAAGCAACAAGCGCCGCCGCUACCUCCACCACCACGCCCUCGUCCUGAUCUCAACGAGCAGCCUAGCCCUGAAACUACAGAGGAAGAAGUAAUCUCUUCUGCAUAGUUUUUCUAUUUUGGAUCUUUUUUUAAGCUCAGAUUUGAGCAUAAGUGGAUUCGGGGAAGGGAAGAAAAAAGCCGGCGAGAGGCGAGAGGCGAGAGGAGAGUGAAGAAGCGUCGCUAUUGCUCGAGAUAGCCGAAGUCGCUGUUGCUUGGCGCGCGCGGGCAGGUGACUGGCCGACCGACGCAAGUGGCGGUCCCUCCCUUUUCUUCUCUGCUUUCUCAGAGUUCUUUGUAAGGAAAAAAAAAGAAGGGAAAAGGUAAACGAUCUUUAAGUGUCCGUUUGGUUUGAAGGAUUUGAAGGUAACGGAGAUCGAAUUUUAUUCAAA